AUGAACAGUCAGUAUAUCCGCCAUGAAGUAUUUGCCUCUGAGACUGGGGAGCUGAAAGACUUCUGGGAAAAGACCAUUGAGAAGCAGACUCAGCAUUUUGAAGCUGAGAAAGACCGCAAACAAAGAAGUGCACUAGCACGACUCAGGAGUGAAUGGACAGAAAGGCUGGAGAAAAGGUUAAAAAUGCUCAAAGAACAAGAGAACGAAGAAGCACCUAACUGA